AUGUUGAGAGUUUGCAGCAGAGCUCUGGUGGGGAUGGUGAAGCCCUAUAACUUGGUGAGACCUGUAUCAGUGACCCUGGUUGCUAGCAGAAACCUGUCCCAUCAGAAGGACCUGCCCAGUCAGCCUGUCCCCCCUCUGCAGCAGACUUGUGACAUCUACCUCCAGUACAUGGAGCCCAUGUUGGAGGGGGACGAGCUGAAGCGAGCAAAAAAACUGGUGGAAGAGUUUCGUAGAGAAGGAGGGGUCGGAGAGAGACUGCAGAGAAGCCUGGAGAGGAAAGCAGAGAACUCUGAGAACUGGAUUACAGAGGAAUUUUUAAAGAUUGGAUUUAUGAUGUCGCGAGUCAGUGUGGUGGGUACAUCAGGCAAUGGGGGCCUCUUUCCCCGAAUGGACUACAGAGAUAGGACCGGAAAAGUAAGGUAUACUGCCAAAUUCAUAGCAUCUACAAUGGAAUUAAAGAGAAAGAUUGACAAUAAUACACUACCAGAUGAGUACCUGAGAGGGAAGCCGCUGUGUAUGAAGCAGUAUGAGCAGCUGUUUUCAUCCUGUCGUAACCCUGGUCUGGAGACGGACACUUUGGACUACUACACUGACCAACACAUUGCUGUAGUACACAACGGUCAUUUCUUUAAGCUGGAAGUAUACAACAGUGAUGGGAGUCCACUGACAGUGGAUCAGCUCUGUGUUCAGCUGGAGAGGAUCAUCGACUCCUCACCAGAGACGAGCAUGGAGCCUAUAGGCAUCCUCACCACACAGGGCCGUGACAGCUGGGGCAAAGCCCACCACAACCUCAUCAAGGAUAAGACCAACAAGGAGUCACUGUCGGCUAUUCAAAGCAGCAUCUUUAUGGUGUGUUUGGAUCAAGCAAUGCCCCCAGUGUCUGAUGAGAUGUAUCGCAACAGUGGUUUUUGUCAGAUGAUGCAUGGAGGAGGCAGCCAGUGUAACAGUGCAAACCGUUGGUUUGACAAGGGGAUCCAGUUAAUUAUCGGAGAAGAUGGGACAAACGGUGUGAACCUUUCAGGUGCCUUUGCUGAUGGUGUAAUCCAUAUGAACAUGGCUGCUUAUGUUGUGGAAGGCAUGAAAAAAACAGACGUGACGCAGUCUCCCAUGGAGCCAUUACCUGUGCCCCAGAAAUUACACUUCAACCUCACACCUGAAAUUAAGAUGGACAUUGAAGAGGCCAAGCAGCACAUGGACACACUGGCCCAAAACCUGGAUCUAAGCUCUACUACAUUUAAACACUUUGGAAAAAAUGUCUUAAAGACCUACAAGGUGCGCCCCAAUGCUUUUGUCCAGAUGGCGCUACAGCUGGCCUACUACAGGAUAAACCAGCGUAUCUGUCCCUCACUGGAAUAUGUGUCAAUGCGUGCAUUUAAACUAGGGCGUUUAGGUUACAUGACUUCAAAUUCACCUGCCUCAGCCACCUUUGUCAAGGGCUUUGAUGACCCUAAAAUACAGAACCGAGAGAAGGUUGAUUUAUUGGAGAACGCUUUAAAGUCACAUGCAUUUUACACUGACAUGGCAGUUAGAGGCCAGGACAUAACCUGCCACUUCUGGGGCCUGAGGCUGCAGGCUCUUGAGGAAAAUAUUCCCAUACCUGAUAUCUUUACAGACGACUCCUUCGACAAAGUCUUUGACACCAGACUCGGUACAAGUUAUGUAAUAAACCCAUCUGGAAUUCUUCCAUGUUAUGGCCCUGAAAAACCUGGAAAAUAUGAAGUGCUCUACAGUAUUAGGGAAGAUCACAUUGAGAUUACCAUUGCUGCUCUUAAAACUUCUGAGACUCAAGGAGAAAUUUCUAAUGUAGGACAUUUUGCCCAAGCUGUGGAAGGUGCACUGUUGGACAUGAACACCCAGCUGGAACAAACUAGAACAACAACUAACUAG